ACAAUCCUACUUCAUGGUGACACACACACACACAGCAGCAACACGAUCUCUGUUUUCGACUCUAAACCAGAUUUUUUGUUCUUCUUAGUGUAAUAAUACCUAUGCAAUCAUCCAUCGUUCAUUUCAAUGGCUCUGAAGUAAAAAACGAUGGAAUGUAAAAAGAUUUUUUCUGUAUCUUGAAAGGUGAAAGUACAAAUUUGCCAAUCUUUAUACACAUAUGUACUGUAAUCCUGUCAAAAUGCAGCUCCAGAAUGUUAGCAGGAGACGUCAUCAGUAACUGGUUUAACAUAUUCAUACCUGUUUCUUUAUUGACGGGUUUUGGGAUUCGGCAAAAUGAAAGUUAACUUAGACAAGGUCAAACCUGUUUGCAAAUCGAGAUCGUAACAGAAUUAGGCUAAACGUGUUCUCCAGUCUUCCAUCGGCGACCGCAUUGAUUGCCAGAUUGUUUUGUGACCCAGUGACUACUUCGUAGCGAUCAAGCCUUUUGUAAUCACAGGCUUCUGUUUAAUCAUCCGAGCGUCACAAUUCAUACGUCCAUUGUCGUGAACACACAAUCGUCAUGUGCUGUAAAUUGAACCGAUUUUGUUGCUGUGCCUUUUCGCUGCAAACGGGUACGAAAGUCAUUGCCAAUGUUUAUUUGCUUAUUGAGGUUCUAGUGCUCACGUACUUUGGAAUAUCAGAGUACACAGGAUUAUUUUCCUCUACAGAUUUAAUCACGAUGGUGGUAUUAGCCAUGUUAAGCACGAUCCUGGUUCUCAUCUCUGCCACAAAGGAUAGUAAAGCGUCGUUUCUCAUGCCUUGGCUCUUCAUGUGCGCCAUUUUGAUUCUUGGUGGAAUGGGUUACGUUGGAUGGAUCGUCAUUCAAACUGGAGGUCAUGCAGUCAUCAUCUUUGGCUUCAUGUUGGUCGGAUUAGCUGGUCUUGAAGUGGCAGUCGUUUCAGUAGCUUCGGUUAUUGGAGCAGCCCUUUUUCUGUAUAACUGGUUGGUCGUCUUCAAUUACUACCAUCACCUGGUGGAAAAGAAAAGGCAGCCUUUUGAGGAAGAUGCUGCCUCCAUCAGUUACAUAAAGUAUCCUUAAUGACGAACCGUCGACUCACAAGUCAUUCCCUCCAACCAGACAGGAAUCCGAUCUAAUAUUAUAUGAUUUAAUAACAAAAUUUCGUUAUUUAUUUUAUGCACUGUCGAUGUAGUCAAGAACUCAGCGGCGAUUUACGUCCUUGAUGGCUAAGUAUUACUAUUUUUUUAAAUGUUUUCCCGUAGACCUAUAGUCUAUGAUUACCACGAUUGUCUCACUCGAAAUCGUUUAAAUUCACGUGUAAUUUAUAUCAAGGUGUGCACGACUGCAAAGGCUAAAAGCAUUUAUUGUCCAUUUAUUAAAAAAAUUAUCCAUCUAAAUUAUGGAACACCCCUUCGUUCGUUUAACCACUAUCACUUAUAUGUAAACAUUAUAGUGUACUCCCUCCUUUUUUUAAUACAAUUCCAUGGGUUGCCAAA